CUAAACAAGACUUGGAGAGUGGGGAAAGAGCGAGUAUAGUUUGCGCGUCCGUUACAAUAGCCAUCAUCAACUACGAGUUGCUUUGGACUAUAAAAAGGAAUCGAACUCAAAAGUAGGCAUCAGAAUCAUCUCACGUAUUCUCGAACACACAUCAACAUGAAGGCUUUCGUCGCUAUCCUCUCUGUUUUGGCUUUGGCCGCCGCUGACCAAUCCAGCCAUCAAACCAUCAAGCACGGCAAUGCUCCGGCUGUCCACUCCUCCAUCCACAAGCCCCAUGGUGGCUCUCAUGCCCAUGUGGUGAGCCAACCCUCCGCUCAACCCAACGAGGUCAACCAAGCCUACAACGAGGAGAAGUACACCGCCGCUGCCCACGCUCCCAGCCACGAGGUCCGCACCCCUGCUUACCACACCCCUGUCUACCACACAGCCCCCGCUUACAAGCCAGCUCCCUAUCACCCUGCUCCCGCUUACAAGCCCGCCCCCUAUCGCCCUGCUCCCGCCUACAAGCCCGCUCCUUACCACCCUGCCCCCUCUUACAAGCCCGCCCCUCACCACCCUGCCCCUUCUUACAAGCCCGCCCCUUACCACCCCGCUCCCGCUCAUGGUCAUGGUGAUGAGUAUGAAACCGCCCCCGUCUACCAAUACGGUUAUGCUGUGGCUGAUGACUAUUCCGGUGCCAACUUUGCCCAAAACGAGAACCGUGACAACUAUGCCACCAACGGCGAGUACCGUGUGGCCCUUCCCGAUGGUCGCACCCAAAUUGUGAGCUACAACGUGGCCGAUGCUUAUUCCGGUUAUGUGGCUGAUGUCAGAUACGAAGGAGAGGCCAAGUACGAGCCUUACCACCCAUCCCCCAAGCCCGCUUACCACCCUGCUCCCGCUUACCAAGCUUAAGCCUGUCAUGUUGAUGAUAUUUAUCGCAAAGCAUAUUUAUCAAUAAAUCUUGCAAACCCCUUAA